AAAAAGAUUUUUUUUUCUUUCCCCUAAUUCUUCUAUUCUUUCCAUCUUUUUCUGUCCUUCGGUUCUCAACUAAUCUCAUUUAAUCUAGCACACAUAGAUAGACACACAAUCUAUAAUACUAUAUAAUAUAUGGUAAUACUAUCUUCUUCCACUUGCCCUCUCCCAUAUACUCUCACAAUUUUACUAAAUCCUCGACUUCAGAAUCUGAACAUUCUUUAAUUUAUCUCCAAACGAAUUGUUUGCACUGAUAGAAACUUAGCCAAAUUUUCAAAUCCCAUUCAAUUAGUAUACACUCUCUCAACAGUCUCCAUUAAUGAGGGUUGCUGCUUCUGAUGGCUAGCAGUAACAGUUUUUAUUUUCCUCCACUUGUUUUUUCUUCUUAAUGCCGUCUUCUCUCUAUAUAUAUUUUCCCAAGAAAACCAAAUCCUUUUGUAUUAAACUUUGAUUUAAUCUCAAACUCUAGUUUCGGAAACACCAUUCAAAUUCCUUAACUUUCCUGGAAAAAGAAACAACCAUUUCAUUUCCAUAUUAAUCAAUAAUCACAACCUCCAAUUACUAUUUCGAGAGAGAGGAAAAUCAAGUUGACCUCAGAUAUGGAUGUAUCCAAUACGAUGCUGCUUGUAGCGAUCGCUGCAGCUUACUGGCUAUGGUUCAAGCGGAUCUCACGGUGGCUAAAGGGUCCACGUGUCUGGCCGAUAUUGGGCAGUCUUCCGGGUCUGAUCGAGCAGCGUGACCGUAUGCAUGACUGGAUCACUGAGAACCUCCGUGCCUGUGGCGGUACGUAUCAGACAUGUAUCUGUGCAGUGCCUUUCUUGGCCAAGAAGCAAGGUCUCGUGACGGUCACUUGCGACCCCAAGAACAUUGAACACAUGCUCAAGACCCGCUUCGAUAACUAUCCUAAAGGUCCCGCGUGGCAAGCCGUUUUCCAUGACUUCCUCGGCCAAGGAAUCUUCAACGCUGACGGCGACACCUGGCUCUUCCAGCGCAAAACCGCCGCUCUUGAAUUUACCACCAGGACGCUGAGGCAAGCCAUGGGUAGGUGGGUAAACCGGGGAAUCAAGCUCAGGUUCUGUCCGAUUCUUGAAGCGGCUCAGAUCAAAUGCGAGCCGGUCGACCUCCAAGACUUGGUUCUACGCCUCACAUUCGACAACAUUUGCGGUUUAGCGUUUGGAAAGGACACUCGAACCUGUGCGCCAGGACUUCCCGAGAAUGGAUUCGCUUCGGCUUUUGACCGAGCCACCGAAGCUUCUCUGCAGCGGUUUAUUCUGCCGGAAUUCCUGUGGAAGCUCAAGAAAUGGCUGGGGCUCGGCUUAGAAGUCAGCUUGAACCGGAGCUUGGGAGAGAUUGAUGGGUAUUUAGAUGCAGUCAUUAAUACACGUAAGCAUGAACUGCUGAGUCAGCAAGAGAGUGGGGUCCAGGGACACGACGAUCUCCUCUCCCGUUUUAUGAAGAAGAAAGAUCAGAAAGGUCAGUCUUACAGCGAGGGUUUCCUGCGGCACGUGGCGCUUAAUUUCAUACUAGCUGGUCGUGACACGUCAUCAGUAGCACUGAGCUGGUUUUUCUGGCUCGUCACGACGCAUCCAACGGUGGAGGAUAAGAUCGUGCGCGAGAUAUGCUCCGUUCUGAUCGAGACGCGUGGAACCGACGUCUCGUCGUGGACGGAGGAGCCCUUAGGAUUCGAUGAGGUGGAUCGAUUGGUUUACCUCAAGGCGGCGCUCUCGGAGACGCUCAGGCUUUACCCAUCGGUGCCGGAGGACUCGAAGCACGUCGUGAACGACGAUAUUCUGCCGGACGGAACCUUCGUACCGGCGGGAUCGUCGGUGACAUAUUCGAUAUACGCGUCGGGGAGGAUGAAGACGACGUGGGGAGAGGAUUGCCUGGAAUUCAAGCCGGAGAGGUGGAUCUCGCCGGACGAUGGAAAAUUCCUGAACCACAAUCAGUAUAGAUUCGUGGCGUUUAACGCCGGACCAAGGAUAUGUCUGGGGAAAGAUCUAGCGUAUCUCCAGAUGAAAACGAUAGCUGCGGCGGUUUUACUCAGGCACAGACUGACGGUAGCGGCGGGACACAAGGUGGAGCAGAAGAUGUCGUUGACUUUGUUCAUGAAGAACGGACUUAUGGUAAACGUGCACAAGAGAGAUUUGGAAGGCAUCAUGAAGAGUCUCAUAACCAAGGAGAGUAACAACGUCAUUGUCCUCAAAAAAUGCAACGGCGUAAUUGGCGAAGGCAUUUCCGUUAAUGCUGCUGUGGCUGUUGCGGUGUAGGCCUAUAGUAUCACAGCUUAUCGGGUUUAUCAUUGAUAUUCUUUAUACUAUUUACUAAAUACAUACAUUUUCGUCCGGGUUUUGUGAUUGUGAGGUGGUAAAAGUCAAAGAAAUUGGUUUGGUUGUGUGAUAUGAAACUUGUUACUUGUUAUAAUCAAAACAAAGGUAAUGGUGUGGUUACUUUUGUUUUCUUUUCUCUUUUGUAAAAGCUUUUUACAUUAUGUAAAACAGGAGUACGUUUUGGAAA